ACACGGACUGCGCAUGCGCGGAGGCGGCUAAAUUCAAAACUCAAGACGUUAGCGUCACCGAGGCUCGUUGACGUUAGCUGCAGUUUGAAGCUCCGCGUAAAAAAAACAAAAACAACAAUAAACGACAUGAAAACAAGUUUAAAAGUAGUUUAGCACGAACAACACAACCGUAACCCGGUGUUAACCGUGAGGAGCCAGCUCACAACAACUCAAAGCUGAAAAUGGAGCCUCUGGAUCCUGCCAAAAAUGAUGACAGCGGUGGAUUGUCCAAGCGCCGCCAUAUUUCUUCUAUUUUAAAAGCACCACGGAAAUCAAUCAGAUAUCCUGAACCAGAGGAACAGGAAAAUGUGGUGGAGGUUGCCAAACCAGUGGAAAGGAGGAAUUCAAGGAGAGUCAGUUUUGCCCCUGCCAACAACGUUCUCCUGUUCACAAAGGAUGUAAACAAUGCCUCUCCGACCAGAAGUCCUCUACAAGAGUUAAUGACAACAACAGCAACAGCAGCAGCCACACAAAACAGGGGCCAGGUGGCGGUCAUGGAAGAUGGGGUUCAACAAAUUAUGGGAAUGGAAACUCUACUGAAUGCUCCUCUACAUACUUCUCAACAAAGAGAUAAGGUCAACUUUGAUACUGGAAAUGACUACGGGGAGAAAACAGUUAUGUUUUCAGAUGAUGCAUUCAUGGACAUGACCCACAGUCACACGAUAAACAUUGCCAAUGAUGGAGAAUUACUUGCAGAUAUUUCCCUCCACAACUACGAUGUAUUAGCAACCCGCAGAGAGAAAACAGUGAUGUUCACUGCAGAUGAUGGAUACAAAAAUAAGACCUUAAGUCAUACUGUGACAAGUGGAAGAAUGGAUUUAGGUGCAGAGAUAAGAAACGUAUCGUCAUCAGUGCCUAGUAUGGAUCCUGGAUUUGAAAACUUUCUUGCAAGUCUGUCUAAACCAAGUGCACCCAGCAUUAAUCCUGUGAUGACCAGAAUGACACCUCCUGCCGGAGCAUCCUCUGGUGAUGCAAAAGGUUCCCUCGCCCAGAUUAAAACACAGAAGGCUGAAGUGGAUAAAGAAAAUCAGGUUCCAACUUCUGUUUCAGCUGCAAAGGAGACACUGGAGAAGUCACUAAAUACAUCCAGGAAGAUUAGUGAAUCAUCACUCUAUCCAAAGGAUGAUGUAAAGGCAGAUAUGUCUGAAGCUCAGACAGACCGCAUCAGGGGACUCACUGAUGAUAACGAUCCCUUUCAGUGGCUUUUUCCCACACAAGAAACACACUCCCACCUUGACAACAGAGUGUCACAGACAGCAGAGAAGACCAAACCGCAGCAGAGCAGUAAAACACUGGCAUCAUUCAACACUAAAGAAGUGGCAUCCUUGAAGAAUCCUUCUCUACAAACCUCUCAUCAAAGACACAAGGUCGACUUUGACACAAAAGAUGAAUGCAGAGAGAAAACAAUCAUCUUCACUGCAAGUAAUGAGUUCAUGGACAUGACUCAGAGUCACACAGUUAACAUUGCCAGUGGUUUAUUCGCUCCUCCAAACCAAAGUAACACUCGUCUGGAGGAGAGAAAACGUGAGACCUGUGGUACUCCUGGCAUUCCCUCGAAUGGUUUGGAUCUAGGAUUUAAAAGCUUCCUUGCAAGUCUCUCUAAAACAGUACCAACUGCUGCAGUAUCCUCUAAGGCGCCGGAAGAAAAUCGCUCACUAAAUACAACCAGAAGCUCUCGUGAGUCAUUUAUUGGAGGUGCUGAAAAUGUGAGCAUGGAUAUGACUGAAGCUCAGACAGGUCGCAUUGUUGGGCUCACUGGCUCAGAUGAUCCGUUUCAGUUUUUGUUUCCAUCACAAGCCCUGAACCCCCACCGUGACAGUCUGAAGAGCGCAGAGAUGACUUCAGGACAGAAGAAUAUCAAGCCAUCUUUAAAGACUAAUGUGGAAAGACACCAGGUCAAAUUUGAUGCUGAAGAUGACUGCAGAGACAAAACAGUGAGGUUUUCUGCAGAUGAUGCCUGUAUGGAUGUGACACGAAGCGGUGAGAAGACAGUGAGGUUCACUGCAAAUGAUGCAGCCAUGGAUAUGACGCAAAGUCACACUGUAAAUAUUGCCACCGAUUUCGACCAACAGUCACAUCAAAAUGUGGACUUUUUACCAGCUUGUGGAGAGAAGACAGUGAGGUUCACUGCAAAUUAUGCAGGCAUGGAUAUGACGCAAAGUCACACUGUAAAUAUUGCCACCGAUGUUGAGCCACAGUCACGACAUAAUGUGGAAGUAUUACCUACAAGCGGUGAGAAGACAGUGAAGUUCACUGCAAAUGAUGCGGGCAUGGAUGUGACACGGAGUCACACUGUAAAUAUCGCCACCGAUUCAGUUCUUUCACGUCAAGAUUCUAACAUUUCAUCCUCUCAUGAAAAUAUGGAUUUUCCCUUAUCUGUCAAAAAGUGCGAAAGUGAGACGUGUCGUCCGCGUAGAAACCAUUCUUUAUCAAUACAUUCUCUGGAUCCAGGAUUUAAAAACUCCCUGUCUAGGAGAAGUGGCCCCUCGGCUUAUCCUGUGACCACCAAAGCAUUGGCUCAUGCUACACCAUCCCCUCAAGAAACCGUGAACACAAAUGGCUUCUUGGACCAACUUAAAAUGCAGAAGCUUGUUGUAGAUGCUGAAAAGGAAGAAGCUCCAGGUUUUGUAUCAGCUGUCACAGAGAAUCCAGUAAAUAAAACCAUGAUAGAUGACGAUGUAUGCAUGGAUAUGACUGAGGCUCAAACAGGCAACAUUUUGGCACAAACAUGUACAGAUGAGUGCUCACAGGACUUGCAGAUCUAUUCUGACCAUUUGAAGAACACUGAGGUGACUUCACAACAGAGCAAUGAAGCACAGGGAUCAUCCAAUCCUGAUGGUGUGGCAAUCACAAACUGCCCAGAUUCCCUUCCCUCAAAUGAAACUGAUGACAGGAAAGAUCCCGAUCCUAGAAGUCAACCUUGUUCAGGUAGUGCUGUUGACCACGAUGUUGAUGCAGUACCUUCACGAAAGUCUAGACGAAUUAGUUUAGCUGAUGUCCAUUCAAAAGUAAGGCGUUUGAGCCAGAUGAUAAAAAGCGCUCCUGAGUCUGUCGCCUUGGACAACUGCACAGCAACUUUGCCUCAGCUGGAACACAUGGACAUGGACAAAAACCCAAAAGACAAAACUGAACUUGAACUGGGUUUGGAGAACACUGAAGAAAAUACACAAGCUCAGUGUCUUGUGGAAGAAGAACAAACCACUAUGACUACUACAACUCCUUUUAAUUUGAAGACGAAACAACUUAUGUCAAGACUGUCAGUGGGAGGUUUUAAGGCGAAACUCCCCCAAAGAAGCAAACCCGAUGAUCCAAAGAAGGUGAACUCGGUGGGAGAACAUACAAGGACGAUUACCGUCAAUGUCACUAAUCAACUGAACAAUUUUGAUGAUGAUGUGAGCGAUAUAUAUGAUGAAGAGCUUGGUAGCUUGGAAGAUAUGUCAGAAAUGUUGGACACAAGGAGUCCACAGAAAGCCACUGAAGAAGAGCAUCCAUCUCAGAAAUUUAACAUGGAUGAGCCUUUGGAAGAUGAUGUGUUUGACCAAGACUUUAUUAGUGCUGGCCAUGGAAAAAAGAGACCUUUGCCAGUAGAUGAAGAUAGUAUGGAGGAUGAGAAGAGAAUGAAAGGAUCCAUGGAGAUGACUGCUGACUUUGACAUGGGCUUACAGUCCCAAGUUGUAGAGUAUGAAGGUAACAUUACUACAGCUCCAGGCAUGACGACACAGACCACUGAUUACUCCAACAGCAGUCACACAGCCAGCAUCCGAUGUGAAGCUACAUUUAAUUCAACCUUCAAACAAAGCAUGUUUGAAUCCCAGCUUGAAGACUACGCCAGUGAUGUGCAGAGGAAACUCGAUGACGGCACCAUCACAGUAUUGGAGUUCUUGAAACUCUUCAACAUAGACUUUGUCAUCCAUAAUCCUCGGCAAAGUGUUCUUCCUGGAAGACUUUUGUCAGACACAGAUCGCACACCGAUGGAUUUUUUGAAAGACAGGCAUAUCAACCGUCCUAAACAGAUGGUGUAUGAGACAAACGUCCUGAACCUCACAGAAAAAGUGGAGGGGUUAAAAGUGCGAAUGAGGGAUCUCGAUAAACCACUGAACAUUGUCAAUAGACCUCUGUGGGAGGAAAUGAGAAAUUCUUCAGAGAAGGAGCUCAAAUCUUUUGGUGCAAAACUAAAAGAGAGAAACAACUUGUUCAGAAAGACAAGCAAAGUCCAGUCGCAUGAAAUGAAGGAGGUGUUGUACUCAGAGCUUGUGCACGCUAAUCUGGAGGAGCAGCAGAAGUUGAGAGGAACGAUCGAGAAAGCAGAUGAGAUGAUACGAAGUUUGGAUGACUGCAUUGGUGAACUUGAAGCAGAACUUGCUGGAGUUAAAGAAAAAGGCUUUGACGGCAAACCAAGCCUGAAAUCAUGUCAGGAAGAAAUGCAGAAAGUCACAGCAGCUUUGGCGGAUAAUGACCGACAAAUAUCCGAACUGGAGAUGCAGAAGAAGCAGAAUUCAAAUAAACUGAACAGGCUGAAAGCUGAGACCAGGAACCUUGAGAGCCACAUCACCACGCUGCAUAUGGUGAAUGAAUGGAAGUUUGGAGAGAAGAGAGACAACUGCACAGUCUACACUUUUCUCCAUGACACCUUCCAUCUACAGUUGGUGUACGAAAAAUCAGAUGGAAAUGAUGCUGAUCAUCAGCCUGAGAGGAAAAUAUCACACAUCACAUUCAAACAUCAACUUGAUGAUGAGGAAUCGCAGGGUCACGCCUGCCUUGUUCACAAACUGCUCUCUCAGUUCACCGAGGGCGAAGCUUCCUGGGUGGAGAAGUAUCCAAUGACCAGACAUGUUCCAAAGCUGCUCCAUGACGUCAGCCUUGUGGUGAGUCGCUGCCGUCUGCUGGGGGAGGAGCUGCGUCUGCUGAAAAUGUGGGGAAGUCUGAAGCUCGAUAUUCUCGACAUCAGCUGUAUAGACACUCGAGUGCACAUUGUCUUCAGCAGCCUCAAGAAAUUUUCCAAGUUUGAGGUGAUCUUCUCCGUCAGUUUGACCAACCAUCUCUGUGCCCUUCAAGUGCAGAGCUUCAAAAACAUGAUCGGAAACACGACGAUCCAACAGAUUGAAGAGAUUGUGGCAUCGUUUGUCCCAGGCAAGAAACUCUUGACGAAGAUUGUCAAGAAGAUUCAUGAAAGCCUACUCUGUUGAGAGUUUGCUCUUUACUCUUUGUACAAUAUAGAUGUUAAAAGAUUGAAAAAAAAAAACCUAAAAUCUAUGAAGUGAAAAUCCAUUGCAUUUUGUUAUAAAUACUUCCAACAUAUAUAAUAUACUGGCAGAUAAAUGAGGACAGUAUAGUUUUGUCACAGCUACAUGGUCAGUUCAAGUCCUGCUCAGUUGUGUCAUCUAGAACAUUUGUUUUGAUUUAAAUUUUCUAAGUGAUCAUGUGAAACGUUUAAAAGGUUAAAUCCAGUCGUCUUUCACUGGUCUGGAGUGCAGACAGUGCAGUGAUCUCUAUGCACUUUCCAGAGUCGCCUGCAGGUGGUGAACAUGGAUUACCUGAUAUCAGACAGAAAUGUCAGCUCAUUACACUCAGAUGAACUCAGUGGAGUGGGUGGCUUCAAAUGUCU